AUGACCGCAUCUCGGGAACCAUCCUUUGAUGACUUGGUCUCGUUCCGUGAUGCAGAUCGAGGAUUCGUCGACAAAUUGAACCCUUGUAUCAUCAAAGACAAUCGUGGAAAUGUUGUCUGGGACAAUGAAGCAUACAACUUUUUAUCCGACACGCCUUGCCCGCAGACCGCAAAUCCCAAGUUAUGGCGCCAGGCUCAACUCGUCAGCAAACAGGGUCUCUUCAAGGUUGUAGAAGGCAUAUAUCAGAUCCGAGCGUUUGAUUUGUCAAAUAUGACCGUUAUCGAAGGCAAGCAAGGAAUCGUUGUGGUAGAUCCACUCACGUCGGCGGAAUGCGCCAAGGCUGCUCUCGAGCUGUAUCGCAAAAAUCGCGGCAAAAAGCCAGUGCUGGGCAUGAUCUACACGCAUUCGCACGCUGAUCAUUUUGGUGGUGCAGAGGGAAUUGUUUCCAGGAGUGAAGCUACGAAAAUUCCGAUUUUGGCUCCAUUUGGAUUCCUCGAGCACGCCGUCAGCGAGAAUAUCUACGCAGGCAAUGCCAUGGCUCGCAGAGCCUCAUAUAUGUAUGGGGAUCAAUUAGGUAAGGGCCCUGAGGGUCAAAUCAGCGCCGGCUUAGGAGCAACUUUGUCUUCAGGAACAGUGACACUGAUUCCCCCGACUGUCGACGUGACCCAUACUGGCCAGGUCGAAGUGAUUGAUGGCAUUGAAUUUCUUUUCCAGGUCACACCAGGGACUGAGGCACCUUCGGAGAUGAACUUCUAUCUCCCCCAGUGCCGUACUCUAUGCGUAGCCGAGAAUGCUACGCAAUGUCUUCACAACAUUGGAACCCUUCGGGGUGCGGCUAUCCGGGAUGCGCUUGCGUGGUCUUCAUACUUGGAUGAAACAAUUGUUCUCUUUGCCGAAAAGUCCGACGUUGUGUUUGCAUCCCAUCAUUGGCCAACAUGGGAAAAGGACGCUGUCAUAACAUACGUCACCGAGCAACGAGAUCUCUAUGCUUUCCUCCAUGACCAGACACUGCGUCUUAUGAACGAAGGCCUCACAGGCAUUGAGAUUGCAGAGUCAUUCCAGCUUCCACCCAAGUUGAGUACUGCUUGGCAUACGCAGGGCUUCUAUGGAUCCGUUAGUCAUAAUGUCAAAGCGAUAUAUCAGCGCUAUAUGACAUGGUUCGAUGGUAACCCAGCCCACCUUUGGGAGCAUCCCCCGGUUGAAAGCGCCAAGCGCUACGUCUCCUGCAUGGGAGGUAUUGAUGAGGUUAUUCAAAAAGCGAAAACAUUCUCAGAACAGGGAGAUUUGCGGUUCGCAGCUACACUUCUCAAUCAUGCAGUGUUUGCCGAACCCGAAAACAAACGUGCCAAGAGUUUACUGGCAUCAACAUAUGAAUCUUUGGGAUAUGGAUGCGAGAACGGACCUUGGCGCAACUUUUACAUGUCCGGAGCGAUGGAGCUGAAAGGCGAGAAAAUGAAGGACAAUAUCCUGACUGACCAGGCUGCUAUGGCUAAAUCUCUGUCUCUUCGUCAUCUAUUCUCAUCCUUGGCUGUCAAGUUGAAUGGUCCUCUGGCACAGGCCCAGGAUUUUACUAUCGACUUGUAUGUGACGGACCGGGAUGAGCAUUGUCGAUUGAUUGUCAGCAAUGGAGCCUUAAUCCAUCGGACUGGAAAAACCCGCACAUCAAGGUUAGAUGUGGCGGACUACUCGUGUGAGCUGACAUUCUCACAGCUAUUGCAACUUUUGACCACUGGGGAAACGCAAGAGUCAGUAAAGAAUGAGGUCGGCGAUAGUUCCUUCAUAAGCAAGUUGCUGUCGCUUAUUGUGACGCCAAACGGAGCAUUCAACAUUGUGACACCGUGA